GGGCAAAAACUAACGCUUGUCCUUGGUGGCUAAUGUGCAUUCAAUUUAUAUCCUAAUGUUUGUGAUAGAAAUGUUAGGUUUGACACUGAUGAAGAGUUAGGGCUGCUGCUGCUAAUUUUCGGGAACAUUGCUUGCUGUAGGUGGUGCCUGGAGCGAGUGGUGUUGUGAUACAGUGUUGUAAUACUGUGAUUUAGCAAACCAAAUACUGCUGGAAGAUAUUUCAGUAUCGCCCUCUUUACUUACAUGCCUAUAAAUGAAACUAUGUUGCUUUUAUUUCAGUUUUUGCCUUUUUAGGGGCCCACGCCCAUCCACACCCCCUCAUCUUAAUUUCAUCAGUAUCUGCUAUUGUUCUGGUUUCAAUGGGCCCUCCAGGCUUUGGAUGGCCAGUUUCUCACAAAGACAUCUCUCAGUUUUUGGAUAGGGCACUCCAGAGCUGCACUUUUGUUUUUGUCUUGCAAACACAUGAGCACAAAAGUUGUCUGAGUAGGUGUGAGAAGAAAUUUCCAAAUCAGCACAAGACAUGAGUAAAUUUGUGUGCACAGAAGCCACCAAUGACUUAAAAUAUCUUUUUAAAUGCAGUUCAUGUGAAUGUGUGAUGGGGAAAUGGCUUACUGAUGGACAGGAUAUAAAUGUCUUCAUUUAAAUACUGUAAAAUAACUAUUUGAUUGUAAAUAUCUUGUAAUCUAUUGAUGUCUUAUACCGUCUUUUAUUUUAUUUAAAAUGAUUGUCAAUUUAAAGGUAAAGAUUUAACAAAGAACCUCAAUGUUUUAAUUGAAAGAGUCCUUUGCUGACUGCCUGCCCCUAUUGCUGGCCAUGGUGUCCCCCCUUUCCAAGAGUGUGGUUUGACCAUUCUGGGCCCCUGGGCAGACCAAAAAAGGGAGCCAUUGUGAAUGAAGACCGCUUUUCCCAUUAGGCCCAGGCCGGGUGGUGAGGAUGCCAUGGGGUUAGGAACAGAUGUGGGUUCAGCUCUUAUAGGUGGAUAUGGACGCUGGGGAAGAGACAGAUACGGUCCACCUAUAAGAACAGAUUAUCGGCUCAUUGUUGAGAAUCUUUCCAGCCGCUGCAGCUGGCAAGACUUGAAGGACUACAUGAGGCAGGCAGGGGAGGUGACUUACGCUGACACCCACAAGGGCCGGAGGAACGAGGGGGUCAUCGAGUUCAGGCUCUACUCGGACAUGAAGAGGGCUCUGGAGAAGCUGGAUGGCACAGAAGUGAACGGAAGAAAGAUCCGGCUCAUCGAGGACCGCCCCGGGGCCCGACGCAGGCGCUCCUAUUCGCGCAGUCGCAGCCGUUCCAGGUCCCGCUCCAGGAGCCGCAGGUCACGCAAGAGCCGCAGCCGCAGUGAUAGCAGCAGUCGCAGCCGCUCCCACUCCAGAGCUGCGUCCCGCUCUCGCAGCCGAUCUCGCAGUAAGAAGAACAAGCUCAAGGUCAAGAAGGAGGAAGAAGAGCGCAGCAACGGCGCUCAGAAGAACAAGGACCGCAGCAGGAGUCGCAGCCCUAAGAGCAAAAAGAGCAAGAAGGACGGGAAGAAGGUCAAGAAGGAAGAUUCCAGGUCCAGAUCUCGCUCCCGCUCCAGGUCUCGUUCAAGGUCAGGAAUCAAGGAUCGCUCUAGGAAAUCGGGCUCAAAGGGCCGCGAGCAGCCCAAGAGCGACGACGAGGGCGGCGAACCCGAGAGGGGCUCCCGCUCCCGUUCAUGCUCCCCCGCCGACUCCAAAUCCAGAGCCAGGUCUAAAUCAAAGUCUAAAUCACGCUCCCCCUCACCCGCCAAAGCCCGCUCCCGCUCCCACUCCCGCUCCGCCUCUCGUUCAGAAUCCCGCUCCAAAUCCCGCUCCCAGUCUCGUUCUCGCUCCCGUUCCCGCUCUUAGUUCAGAUUUUGGACUGUCUGUCACGAGCCCUUCUCCCCGUGUCUCCCUCUGCCCUCCAUUUACAUUCCCCAAACCCCACAACACGACCCCUGCCUCCCGUUUUUUGAUAAGUAGCUGUAGAAUAAAUACCAGGCACCCGUGCUCGAUGUCUUUUAUCCAUUUCAUUUGACUUUUACUCCACAUAUUUUUUCAUUAGAGCUGUCUCGUAUGGGGGUGUUUGUAAAAUAUCAGGGUGCAAUCUCAGUUUUAUAAGUUUGAUUGAUGGUAUGUUAUGUGUCUUAGCCUUUUUUUAAUCAAACGUAAAAGCAUACUGUGGUGGGAAAGUGUUCUAAUGUCUCCUCACCUUUUUGUGAAAUCCUUGUAUCGUUUUAUUUCAGAUUAAAAGAAAAAAAUGCCUGAUGUA